GGCCCCGCCGCCCCACUGCGGCCGAGGCGCUAUUUAAGGCGGUCGCCCCGGAGCGGGAGCGGGAGCCGGAGCCGGAGCUGCGGUGAGUCACGGCCCAGCAGGCGGCGGCUCCUGGACCCCAGCGCCCACCUCGCGGCGAGGCGCGCUUCCCCCGGCCAUGGCCUCCCCGGGGCAGAUCAUCUUCUGGAGCAUUAUUAGCGUCAUCAUUAUUUUGGCUGGAGCCAUUGCCCUUAUCAUCGGUUUUGGUAUUUCAGGGAGACACUCCAUUACAGUCACCACUCUCACCUCCGCUGGAAACAUUGGGGAGGAUGGAAUCCUGAGCUGCACUUUUGAGCCUGACAUCAAACUUUCUGAUAUCGUGAUACAGUGGCUGAAGGAAGGUGUUAUGGGCUUGGUGCAUGAGUUCAAAGAAGGCAAAGACGACCUGUCAGACCAAGAUGAAAUGUUCAGAGGCCGGACAGCAGUGUUUGCUGAUCAAGUGAUAGGUGGCAAUGCCUCUCUGAGGCUGAAAAAUGUGCAACUCACAGAUGCUGGCACCUAUAAAUGUUACAUCAUCACCUCAAAAGGCAAAGGGAAUGCUAACCUUGAGUAUAAAACUGGAGCCUUCAGCAUCCCAGAGGUGAAUGUAGAUUACAAUGCCAGUUCUGAGAACCUACGGUGUGAGGCUCCUCGAUGGUUCCCACAGCCUACAGUAGUCUGGGCAUCCCAGGCUGACCAGGGAGCCAACUUCUCAGAAGUCUUCAAUACCAGCUUUGAGCUGAACUCUGAGAAUGUGACCAUGAAGGUUGUGUCUGUACUCUACAAUGUCACAAUCAACAACACAUACUCCUGUAUGAUUGAGAACGACAUUGCCAAAGCUACAGGAGAUAUCAAAGUGACAGACUCUGAGAUUAAAAGGCGGAGUCACCUACAGCUGCUGAACUCAAAGGCUUCCCUGGGUGUCUCUUCUUUCUUUGCCAUCAGCUGGGUACUCCUGCCUCUCUCCUCUUACCUGAUGCUAAAAUAAGCUGCCCUGGCCACACAGAAACAUGCAAAGUCAUUGGUAUGACAGGGGGAAAUGAAUUCAUGUCUAGAAGUUUGGAGUGAACAAAUAAGAUCAAGAAGCAAAAAGAAGCCAAAAGCAACCCACAGAAGACUCCAAUAUAAACAAGAUAAAUCUAUCUUCAAAGACAUAUAUUAAAAGCUGGGAACAUAAUUCAUCUGAACUGGAUAAGUGUUAGGAUUAAGUAAAAUGCACAUGGAGAUAAGUGGAUCUCCAUAUCUCAGGGACCUUCUCUUAGCCACCCCCCACCACCACCAUCCAGGGAGUGACAGGAUGAGAUAGUGCCUCUCCCUUGUCUCUAAAUCUUUAUAUUGUUAUAAUGUUGCUCUGAGUUCCAAGAAAGUUUUGACUGCAAUACCUCCACUUCUUAUAAUCCAUAAACUAUAGUGGAUAUAGUAAGAAGCUGCUAAUUAGCUGCCACUUCAUAGUUCAGAGGUAGCUAAAUUUUAGUUUGGGUCAAAGAAUUCACUUUUCAUUAGGAUGCUUCCAAAAAUGCCUUGGAAUUGCCUCCUAUCUGACAAAUGCUAAAGAAAUAUGGAAAAGGUCCUAAUUUUAACAUAAAACAUGUAGUUUAGAGACAUUGGUUUUCUCAAUUAUGUCAGCAUCUUCUUUUUAAAAUAAACAAAUGCCAUUUUAUUCCUCAGAUGACAUGCAUCCUUAAGUGGCCCAGGAAAGGACCUCUCAUCAUCACUGUAUAUGGCAUUAUGCCAUCACAAGGUUUGAGGUUUCAGCAUUCUGUCUUGCAUGGACAGCGAUAACCUCAGCCUUCAACAGCAUCUAGAGCAGUGGGACUUAGCUGGGGUGAUUUUUCCCACCCCUUCCCCCCCAAUACAGGACACAUGUCUGGAAAUGUUUGGAGACAAUUUUAGUUGUCACAACUUGGGGGAGAGGGGAGGGUGCUAAUGCUAUAGACAGAACCUAGGGAUGCUGCUCAACAUCCAAAGCAGGAUAGCCACCCACAAUAAAGAAUUAUCCAGCCCCAAAUGUCAGUCGUGCUGAUACAAGAGAAACCCUGAUGUAGAGUAGAAAAGAUCUAGAAAAGAGGGGAGCAACCAAACCUGUUUGCUUCCUACAAAUAUACACUAUCCUCUGUUCCUUUGGCUGCUGUGUCAGCACAGAGAGCCAGAGCUCAGUUUCAGGCAACCAGGAAUUCCUGAUGGGGUUAUCUCCAGCUGGUUCCUUUCCAUUCGUUCUACAGUACAAAUCGGGUUCUGUGAAAACUUCCUGCGUUUUAUCUCAAGCUCUCUCACUGUGAAUUCAGGUCUCAGGAUCCUGUCUAGUCCCACUCAAAUUAAGGCAGCAAAAACAUGUCCCUUCCUUGAAAUACAUGGAGACUUCUGAAAGCAGGGGCAAUGAACCUUCAAAAUGAGACCCUGAGGAAUAAAGCUUUGAUUAAGAAUGUUCUGUUCACAUCCCCCUUUUCCAUACUUUUCAUGUGUUGAUGUCUGCCUCCCUUUGGACCCACCAUGUCUGUAUUCCAUUUUGUUAUAGAAAACUUAAUUUUUGAGUUCUGACCCUUCAUGAGGAUUAAAUACAUAUUUCCUAUAC